GUUCUCGUUCUUUUAUCAAGCCUUAAUCUUCUCCAUCUACGACUAUCAUGCCAUCCAAGCAAGUUUGGGAAAACAAGGACGGUGCAACCUACACCUCCUCCAAUGGUGCUCCCGUAAACGAGCCCUACGCUGCUCAGCGUGCUGGUCCCUUGGGUCCUCUCUUGAUCCAAGAUUUCCAUCACCUCGAUCUACUCGCCCACUUUGAUCGUGAGCGUAUCCCGGAACGUGUCGUGCACGCCAAAGGUGCCGGUGCUCAUGGUUACUUCGAGGUCACCCAUGACAUGAGCGAUAUCACCUCCAACCCCCUCUUAACGGCCCCGGGUAAAAAAGUUAGAGCUACCGUUCGGUUUUCCACCGUAGGUGGAGAGUCAGGUUCAGCUGACACUGCUCGUGACCCCCGAGGCUUCGCGAUGAAGCUCAAGACGGAGGAGGGUAUUUGGGAUUGGGUGUUCAACAACACACCUAUAUUCUUCAUCAGAGAUCCCGCCAAGUUCCCUCACUUUAUCCACACACAAAAGAGAGAUCCCCAGACUCAUCUUAAAGACCCAGAUGCGUUCUGGGACUACCUUGGCCAGAACCCGGAAUCGAUUCAUCAAAUCAUGAUCCUCUUCUCUGACCGUGGUACACCUGACGGUUUCCAUCAGAUGCACGGUUACUCUGGGCACACCUUCAAGUGGCUCAAGGACGACGGUUCAUUCGUCUACACUCAGGUGCAUGCACGCGUCGAUGGAGGUUUCAAGACUCUCAACGAUGCACAAGCCGGCGAGUUGGCAGGCCUCGACCCCGACUACGGCACCCGAAAACUGUUCGAAAGUAUUGAGAAUGGCAAUUUCCCAUCCUGGACAGUCUAUGUUCAAACUAUGACACCCGAGCAAGCCGAGAAGUUCCGUUACAACGUACUCGAUUUGACAAAAGUCUGGCCUCACUCGGAGUUCCCCCUUCGACCUGUUGGAAGAUUUGUCUUGAAUGAGAACCCUCAGAACUACUUUGCUGAGAUUGAACAGGCCGCCUUCUCGCCAUCGCACCUCGUCCCGUUCAUUGAACCAUCUGCCGAUCCUGUCCUCCAAUCCCGUCUCUUCUCUUACCCUGACACCCACCGUCAUCGUCUUGGGACUAACUACCAACAACUACCUGUUAACGCGCCCCUCAAGCCACCCGUCAACUUCCAACGUGAUGGACCGAUGACCUUCCACUCUCAGGGCGCAAGGCCCAAUUACCAGAGCACUAUUGCUCCUCUGAAGUACGAAGCUCACAAAGCCAACCUUGAUGGCCAUGUCCGGGACCACGCUCGUGCUGCGAAGCACGAGAAUUUCAUAGGAGCUGCGUUCAGGGAUCUGAGCGAGAUUACUGAAUUGGACUUUGAACAACCCCGUGCAUUGUGGGCGAAGGUCUGGAACGACCAGGAACGUGAGGCCUACGUGCGGAAUGUCUCUGGCCACUUUAAGAACGUCAAGAGUCCCGUAAUCAGGGACAGGCAAUUGUCUGUGUGGGCCGCUGUUGACCAGGACCUCUCUGACCGCAUCGCUAAGGCUGUCGGAGCCAGUCCUGUUAAGCCUAUGGAGGUUAAACCUGCAGCUGAAGCCGCCAAGUUCCGCUCCUACAUCAAUGUCGCCACCACCUUGAAAUUGUAAAACAAUUGUUGGAAUAUGGGAUUUAUGAUGGCGAACUUGUUGUCGUAUUUGCCAGAGGAGAAGAAAUUCAUGUAAAACUAGUGGAAACGUUGAAAAAAUGUACUACUUCCCCACUCAUCUAUAUACUUUGACUACCUGUACUGAGCCAGUCAAUACACCGCCCACAGCCGCGAGAGUCAG